AUUAGACUAUCCUCUCAUGGAUAGUGCUCAUCGGUGCGGUUUAUUGUUUUUUCAUGAGAUGGCGCCGUUCGGACGAGUUAACCUCAUUUGAAUAUUUUAAGGGUUUAUUGAGAAAAUGAGAGCUAUACACCGUUUAUCGAAAAUACUGCAACCCAUAACGAUCAUCUCGAAAGGGUCAAACAACCCCCACAAGGACGUCACCUCGAAAAGCCAGAGGUUAAUGCUGGAGCUGGGUGUUAUACAGCAGGCGCACACCGGUUCUUUCCACUUUCUCCCCUUAGGUCUCAGGGCCCUGGACAAACUAGUGAAGAUCGUAGACGAGGAGAUGGCGUCGAUCGGCGGGCAAAAAAUCAUGUUCCCCACGCUAGUAAAGGCGGACUUGUGGACGACCAGCGGCCGUGCGGAUGCGAUGGGCUCCGAACUUAUGACGCUAAAGGAUAGGCACAAUCACAAGUACAUUCUGUGCCCUACACACGAAGAGACUGCCAGCCAUUUGCUGCAAUCGCUCGCGCCGAUUUCCUACAAACGAUUUCCGCUGCUCAUUUACCAGAUCACAAGCAAAUAUCGCGAUGAAAUGAAGCCCAGGUUUGGUCUAAUCCGAGGUCGCGAAUUUGUCAUGAAAGACCUGUACUCAUUUGAUGUGGAUAAGCUCAGCGCCAUGGAGACGUACGAGAAAGUCGCCGGAUCGUAUGAUCGGGUGUUUAAAAGAAUUGGCAUCAAUUUUGUCAAAGUUCUCGGCACGUCCGGGACAAUGGGAGGCGAUUUGUCCCACGAGUACCACUACAGAGCGGCCAUCGGCGACGACAAAAUCUUCGUGUGCCACAACUGCGACUUCAGUGCAAAUGUUGACUUAAUGAAGACAGAAAAAUGUCCAAAGUGCGAUGAGGGAAAAAACGUUUCCAUCCAAAGCAGCAUCGAAGUUGGCCACACGUUCCUGCUCGGCGACAAGUAUUCCAAGCCUCUAAACGCCAAAUACCUGUCGCACAAUGCCAAGCCGCAGCUCCUUCAGAUGGGGAGCUAUGGCUUGGGACUGAGCCGAAUAUUAGCGGCGAGCGUGGAAGUGCUGAGUCUGGAGCAGGAGAUGCGCUGGCCGGACAGCCUGGCCCCUUUCAACGUCGUCGUCGUGCCCCCAAAAGCGGGCAGUCGAGAGGAGGCUACCGUGGGACCCCUGGCCGAACGAUUGUACGCGAGUUUGGAGCGCGAAGUCCCCGAACUUAAGCAAAACGUUUUGCUCGACGACCGGACGAAUCUGACGGUGGGCAGGAGAUUUUUGGACGCUCGUCGAGUCGGGUACAGGUUCGUCAUAGUUUUGAACAAACUAUCUUCGGAGGACCCACCCCAAUUCGAAAUGAACGAUUUGGCGAGGAAUAGCCAAAUGGUACUCCAAGAAAACCAAAUAAUAAAAUAUAUUAAAGAAAACAUCAAUACUUAAUAAUGCGUUUUAUUC